AUCUGGUCUUUAUUUUAUAUUUUUGGGAUGCAGUGCAUAAUCAAGAAAAAGAGAUAAAAACAAAAAAAGAGAUAAUACUUUCAAAAUAAAAAAAAAGAGAGAGAUAUAACAAUCAUCAUCAUGUCUAUAUUAUCCCCAAAUCCCCAAAUCCCAUACAGAGAAUUCCGGCAAAAGAGCCACCAGAACUGGAGCACAGGAGGGGGGAUCUUAUUACUGAAUCUGCAGAAAUCAAAUGGUUUUGGGUUUGGGAAAAAGAGAAGGGGAGAGUUGGGGAAGAAGAAGAAAUGGAGAAUUGAUGAUUCUUCUUGGUCUGAUCAUCUUCCCAGGCCCUCUUCUUCUUCUUCUUCUUCUUCUGCAGAGAUGAUGAAACUUAUUGAGGACUGUGAAAUGCUUGACCACACCUUAACUCAAGCUAAACUUCUCUCCAAACCCAUCAUCAUUGAUUGGAUGGCAGCUUGGUGUAGGAAAUGCAUAUACUUAGAGCCAAAACUGGAGAAAAUGGCUGCAGAAUAUGAGUCAAAAGUGAAGUUCUACCGCGUCGAUGUAAACAAGGCGCCCAAGGCUUUGGUGAAGCGCGGGAACAUAUCGAAAAUGCCAACCAUUCAGCUUUGGGAAGAGGGAGAAAUGAGAGCAGAGGUGAUUGGAGGACACAAAGCUUGGCUUGUAAUUGAAGAAGUUAGAGAAAUGAUCCAAAAGUUCAUAUGACUAAUACUAAUAUGGAGUAGUUAUUUGUGGUCUUUGCCCUUUUUUUGGUGUUUUAAACACUCAAAAGUGACACAACUGGUUUGUAAUGAAAGCCACAAAAAAGUUUGGAUUCAAAUGUUUUGUACGAAUCGAUGAUGCCUUAGCGUAUUUGAAUUGUGCGACCGAAAGGAGAAAUCAAAAUCAAUUGUCGAAAAAUCG